AUGCGUGAUAUUUCAGAGCCUAAACGCAUGGCCAUGAACACCGCGCUGCUGCACAUGAAGAAGAACGCUCAGAGCACCUUCAACAUGCUCAAAGGUGACCGGUUUUUGGCCGAUGCCAACUGGGAGAUGGUAGAACAUCAAGUACUCAUCGAUGACCCAUACAGAACUCCAGACAAUACGGUGAAGAUUGAGGAGUUCAGUCCCAGUGUGAGGGUCACCAAGUGUCCAGACUGUGACAGUAGCGUCCCCUUAGUCCCGUCGCCACGGAAACUGGAUGAUAUGAUGGAGGAGGCCCGUGUGCGCAUCCUGACGGCCCUAAAGGAGAGCUACUGGAAGCAGUACAGCUCCGGAAUGCUGAACAGGAAAGCCGCAAGGAUCCUCGUCAACAUGGCCGAGAUCAUGACCGACCACAAAGGAAAGUUCAUGACUGUGCAGGAUAUAAAGAAGUACUGGGAGCCGCAAGGAAUCUUUGUAGCCCUGCAGAAGAAAUUGGAGGACUGCCUCUAUAACGUCAACAUUGACAAGCUGAGUCCUCCACGGAAUGCUGUGCAGAAGCUGUGCUGGCAGAUUGUCUUUAGUGUCCCCUUUGAGUCUGUCAUUUACAUCUUAAUCCUGCUUAACAUUUUUCCCAUCAUUAUUGAGUUCGUCCCAAUGACCAGCGAUGAAUACAGCCAGGAGCUCCACGUGGUGAACUACAUCUUCUUUAGCUGCUAUGUUGCUGAAGCUGUGCUAAAGGCACUGGCCAUGAGGAAAGCUUACAUUUUGAACCCCUGGAACCAGUUUGAUCUCUUUAUCAUUGUACUGGCUGUUGUAGACAUAAUCAUUAACGACUUUGCCGCAAGCUUAGAAGUGCAAAUGUUCCGAAUCAUACGAGUGUCUAAAAUGUUCCGCCUUACCAGAGCCCUGCGUCUGAUUAAGAUUAUUAUUCCCAAGCUGAUAACAUUAGUCGAGCAUCAGAUCCAUAAACAGCUGAGCCUUGGCUAUGAUAUUGGAAAUGGCUUCGUCACUGGUGAGGAGGACAUCAGCAAAAUCAUUGACCACAUAUCUGAUGACCAAACAGUAUCUAAGAAACUUAAGGGCAUUCUGGAGAUGAACAGGCAGCUUGCUGUAAAAGAAAUUGGUCUGCUUCAGAGAAACUACCCAGAGAUAGCCAUCUCGGUGAAGACCAGGCAGGCAUCUCGAGCCGUGUUGAACAGCGAGAGAGAAACCAUCGGAUCACUCAUGUUAAUGGGACUCCUAGAUGAAGUGGAAUCCAAGAAACUUAAGAAGAUGAUUGAAAUAAGGAUGAAGAAACUCACGAAGUUUCCUCCGACCAUACCAGCCCCGACAGCCGAGAGCCUUCUACAGAAUCUGCCAUGGCUCCACAGUGAUGUCGCUCAGAUUGAGUUUAUUAAGAAAGUGGCCAAACUUAUGAUUUUUGACUUUGGAGACAUCAUAAUGCGUGAAAAUGACAAACCUCAAGGAAUUCAUCUCAUCGUCUCUGGUGUGGUGAAGAUGACGGGAUCGAGUCCAGGUUACGGAGGGAGAGAGCAGAAGGAGAAGAGUCAUGUUAUUGAUUACCAAAGCAGGGGCACCAUUAUAGGCGAGCUAAACUGCCUCACACAGCAGCCUCUCGAGUUCACUGUUACCUGUGAGAGCGCCACACAGACGUGCUUCAUUGGCAUUAACUCGCUGUUUGAGGCUUUCGAUGUGUUCUAUGAGGACCCCUCCCUGGAGUACAAAAUGUGGCUUUCGCUGGCAAUCAGAAUCGCCACCACCGUCUUCAUGGAGAACAUCAAUUAUCAGGGCUGGACCCACCACAAGAUGUGCUUGUACCUGUCCAAUGCGUACCUGAUGGACGUGGAGGUGAACGAGAAGGUGCUGCUAUAUGAUGGCAGCAUACAGGAUGUGGUGGUGAUUUACGGCAGCUGCAGUGACGUGCAGGAUCAGCGCUCCUUUCAGGCUCCAGCUCUCAUUAGCAAGACCACUUACCAGUGGUCAGCACCCCCAUGGACCCUCAUAGAGCAGGUUCUGGGCACAGCGAACAUCACCAAACUGCUGAUCAUUCCGAGCACUUCUGCAAACGUAAAGGACACGAAGUCUGAAAUCCUGAUAAUGGACAGCGCCCUCUGUCUACUACAUGUAGCACAGCAGCGGGCUCCCAGUUGUGAGAGCUCAGGACUGGAGACAGUGCGGUCAGAAGAGCUAUUUGCAGAAGCAGAAGAGAACAUGGCAGAACAGGAACCAGGCCCAUCCAGCCAGUUUCACAGCACAGCCCCACAUCAUCAAUUUAACUCAAUUUAAUAUUUCAGAUUUUUACUUACUACAGUGAAGUGUCUGAAUCCUGCAGUAAUAAACAUAAAUGUAUAAAGUCUUCACAAACUUCUACCAACAUUUUUUAGAACAAAAACUUAAUUUUAGCUGUUGAGGUGAUCAGAAAAGGUUUGUGUAGAACGUGUGUUGAUUCUCUGUAUUUUAAGUACCAUUAAACCCGUCUCUGCUAAGGCCCGUUUGCUUUCUACAAAUAUCUAGAAACCUUAGAUUGGACUUUAAAAGGGACAUCUAGAAAAUCCCUCGUGCUGCAUUUUUCUCCAAGAGCCACUCCAAUAAUUCAUUUUUACAUGACUAUUUUCCAACCUCUUUUCAAACAUGCUGUUUUUCUUAUGAUCUUUAACACUGGUUCUUAAAGUCUCCUCUAAAGGCUCUUCAUAGAACAUAAUCCUCAUAUUUUUACAUUUACAGCAUUUGGCUGACGCUUUUAUCCAGAGCGAC